CCAAUGCUCCAGCCACUGAACCACACUGGCCAGGCCAAGAAAGGAUCAACUUUUUAUUUAUUUUUACCAGGUUUUUCUUAAUGACUGGUGACAGUGUGAGGAGGGAGCCUUGUGUUAGUGAAGAGUCUGAGGACCUGGGAAGGAAGGCACGGAUGGGAAAUGGUGUGGAGUCCUGGAACCUGGCCCAAGGGGAGGAGGAGGGCAGUCAGAGUUGGCCCCCAGUCUGUUGUCUCAGCAGGUGUUGGAGUGGGGAACCCAGGAGCCCCAGUCCCUGCCGACCUGUCAUGAGCUGGCAAGUGGAGCCAGUGCUGCAGGCUGAGAAGGACUCAGCAUGAGAAGAUGCAGGAUGUGAAGGGCAGCAGGAAAGAUGGAGGCCCGGAGCCCAACUCUGUCUUAGAGUUUGUGGCUGAGGACCUGGAGCUUCCCCUUGUGGCCCAGGAUGAGGAUGGUUACAUCGCCGUACUGGAUUCAGAGAUGGCGCCACUAAUGGCGGUUGGGAUGCCUGAGCCCAAGGGUGAAGCUACCCAAGUUAGAGAUUCUCGCUGGCAUGAGCCUGUGAAACAGCUUGUUGAAGAUGGAUAUAGAGCACUGGACAGAAAUGAUUUCUCCUUGCACUUAUGCACCAAUUUUAUUUUUAAAAUAAAAUGUCAAACACCUUUGAACUUUUUAUUAAAAGUACAAGUAUCUUAUUGGCCAUGCGGUUCACUGCAUCAAGAGACCUGGAUUUUCAAACGAUAUGUUGAUAGUUUGCUUUCUGAGAGUCAAUUGAAAGGAACUCUAGAAACCAGUAAAAGGCGAGAUAUUUACCAAAGAGAAGAGUGCCCUGUUAAGGACGGAGAACAGAGAGGGGUGAGGUGUAUCCAAUUAAAACAGGCAAUCGACGAAAAUAAAAAUGCUCUUCAAAAAUUAAGCAAAGCCGAUGAACCCGCACCCGUUGGAAACUAUCACCAGAAAAAGGAGGAGGAGCUCAGUCUCUUGGACAAGCUGACCCACCAACUGCAGGAACUUGCCGUGUCCAUAAGUAGAGAAAGUAGAACUGAAAUUGAGGCACUUACCGAAAGAGAGGAAGAUAAUGAUUUUGCUGAAGAAGAUGAAGAAGACAACGAUGAUGACAAAGAAGAAAGUGAAGAAAGUAGUGGGGAGGAAGAAGAAACAGAAGAGGAAGAGGAAGAGGAAGAGGAAGAGGAAGAGAAACAGGAAAAUGAAUCUCAGCGGCAGGCAACAGAUGAAGAAUGCAUUGCUGUUGGAGAUUUUAUUGCUCAGCAGGCUGGGGACCUUACAUUUAAGAAAGGGGAAAUUCUCCUUAUAAUUGAAAAACACCCUGAUGGUUGGUGGAUGGCUAAAAAUGCCAAAGGAAACAAAGGUCUCGUUCCCAGAACCUACCUGGAGCCCCAUCAUAAAGAAGAAGGCCACGAGUCAGGUGAAGAAGGCAGUGAAGGCGAUGUGGAGGUGGCGGAAGAGAGAGCAGAGGGAGCACAAGUUGAGCACAGAACUGAUUCUCACUGGAGUGCUGUCCAGAAAGCUCUCUCAGAGCAUCUUCAGCAGAUAAACACUGUUGAUGUGCUGACCACGAUGGGAGCCAUUCCUGCUGGGUUCAGGCCGUCCACGCUCUUCCAGCUGCUGGAGGAAGGGAAUCAAUUUCGAGCAAGUUACUUCUUACAGCCAGAGCUCACUCCUUCACAGCUGGCCUUCAGGGAUCUCCUGUGGGAUGCUAAGACAGGCACUAUUAGGUCAAGAGCAAGUCGUGUUUCCUUGAUCCUGACCCUCUGGAGCUGUAAAAUGAUUCCUGUUCCGGGAGUGAGCAUCCAGCUCCUCAGCAGACACGUGCGCCUCUGUCUGUUUGAUGGCAAUAAGGUUCUGAGCAAUAUUCAUACAGUCAGAGCCACAUGGCAGCCUAAAAAGCCCAGAACAUGGACCUUUUCUCCCCAGGUUACUGGGACCUUGCCGUGCUUGCUUGAUGGUGAUUGUUUUAUCAGGUCCAAUUCUGCAUCUCCCGAUCUUGGAAUAUUAUUUGAACUUGGAAUUUCUUAUAUUCGUAAUUCAACUGGUGAAAGAGGAGAAUUAAGCUGUGGCUGGGUGUUUCUUAAACUUUUUGAUGCCAAUGGAAUUCCUAUUCCAGCAAAGACUUAUGAGCUCCUCCUGAACGGUGGCACCCCUUAUGAAAAAGGUGUGGAAGUGGACCCUUCCGUCUCCAGAAGAGCACAAGGGAGUGUUUUCCAUCAGAUGAUGAUGAUGAGGAGGCAGCCGCAGCUUCUAGUAAAACUGAGGUCUUUGAACAGAAGAUCAAGAGACCUACUAAGUUUACUGCCGGAAACAUUAAUUGGAAGCAUGUCCUACAUUCAUUUGUUGAUAUUUUAUCGCCAAAUUCUUGGAGAUGUACUCCUAAAAGACAGGUUGAGCAUGCAAAGUGCUGAUUUGAUCAGUAAUCCCGUACUGGCCACCUUCCCCAAGCUCUUGGAGCAGCCUGACGUGAUGGAUGCGCUCAGGAGUUCGUGGGCUGAAAAAGAAAGUACAUUAAAAAGAUCGGAAAAGAGAGACACAGAGUUCCUGAAGACUGCUUUUCGCCUAGUUUACCACGACUGUGCAGUGCCCCUUCUCCACUCCACACUCCUGCCCCCGUUCAGGUGGGCAGAAGAAGAGACCGAGGCCGCGCGGUGGAAAGUCAUCGCGGACUUCCUGAAGCAAAACCGAGAAAACCAGGGCGCCCUCCCAGCUCUGCUGUCACCAGAGGGUGUCCAUGAACCUUUCGACAUUUCAGAGCAGACCUACGACUUCCUGGGUGAGAUGAGACAGAAAGCAGCCUGACUGGUGGCCCGCGGCCCUCCAGGCCCACCAUGCUGCCCGAUAAAGUACAGCCAGAAGUAAUCGUCCCGUGGAACUUAGCUUUACUCGUCCUUGUGUGGACCACAUUCUAUAAGAAAUACCCAUCUGGUCAUGUGAAUCUUUUAAUAAAUAAGUUUUUAUAAGGA